AUGGCUGGUACGGGCAAGUCUACCAUCUCUCGCGCAGUUGCUCAAUCCUUCAAGGAAAAUAAUCUAUCUGGAGCAAGCUUUUUCUUCAAACGAGGCGAAGGUGAUCAUGGAACAGCAAGCAAAUUUUUCACAACUAUUGCCCAUCAACUAGUGGUUAAGCAGCCACAAAUGGUACAGUCUGUCAAGAAAGCGAUCGAUCUCGAUCCAAACAUUUUCGAUAAAAGCUUGGCAAAGCAAUUUAUUGGAUAG